CUACUCUCCCAAACCUCCACUUCUUCACCUACCUCUCUCAAGACUACCAUUUUCUCCGGCUCAAAACUCUGUCGUUUUGAUGGAAGUCCCAGUGAUAAUCAACAGGCUGAGCGAUUUCGAGGUCUCACUGCAAAACCCAUCGCUGCUUUCUCGGUUUAUUUUGCUCUCCAAAUGGGGCGCGUUGAUUCUUGCACUGGUCGCGUCUCUGAGCACCAUAGUGAACAGACUCAAGGUUUUGAUCGUCAAGCUCCGGAGACAGAAGUCGAUAGCUAAAGAGCCUCUUUUGAAGCUCGCCAACGAUGAUGAUUUUGACAGCGAAGACGAAACUUGUUCUUCAUCGUCAUCUUCUUUAGGAGAAGACCAAGAAGAAGAAGAAGAUGAUGAUGAUGAUGAUGACAACAAACCCGAAAGGGAUCGGUGGCGAUCUAUGGAUGAAGAUUUCCGGGUGGCCGGUGGGUCUGGUCGAUACGUGGAAGGUGAAGGGCAUAAUCGUAAAAAUAAGUUCCGGAGACGGUUCUCGUGGGCGGACUUCGCCGGUGGUAGGAGCGUCGUGAAGCUGUGGGACCAUCUGGGCUUAGGGUUGGAUUUUGACGUUGACGACGAUUCUUCGGAAAGUUUGAUCUCCGUCUAUGACACUAACAGAGAGAAGGGAAUUUGCUCCCAUAUUGGCGGCAAACAACUUUUUCCGGCAGUGUCCACGUCGUCAUCGCCGCCGGUAGUAGUGACGGCUUCGAGGGCUAGCGCUUCCGGGGGCGUGUCGCUGCGCGUGUGGGACACACGCGUUCGGUGUCGGUUACCGGCGAUGCUCGCCGAGUGGACCCGGCGGCCCCAGCUCGGAAAGAUAGUAGGCUACGGCGGAUAUGGCGGCGUCGAGAAGGUCUACGUCAGGGAUGACACUAGCGGGCACCUAACGGUUGGGGACGUGAGGAAUGUUAGCUCGCCGUUAGCGAGUUUAACGGGAUCCGACGUGGACGCAUGGUGAGACGCUGAUAUCGUUAUGGUUCCGGAGGAAUAACGAAUUUCACGACGAGUGAGAAACGAAGCGGGGAACUGAACUGACUCGGUCGUGACUCGCUGUUAAUUCGCGGUUAGGUGUCUUGGCUGUUGAAGUGGCCAAAGGCCCAAUACAACGGAAAAUUGUGAAAAUUUUAGGGUGGGGGGUCCACUUUAUAAAUAUUUCUAUUUAUUUUUAUUUUCUUAUGUAUUUAAUUACUUUAUUUUUCUUUUUUCCUUUCUAAUCCCUUUGUAUUCUAUCACAUGGCUUGUGAUUCAGGAAUAGGCCAGGAUCUUUGAUUCUUAUUGUGGGAAAUUAAGUAAAAAAACAAAAAAGAAACCAUUAUGAAUAA